AUGGCAUUGGUAAAGGCUCUUAAUGAAAAUAAUAAUACUUUAACUACCUUAGAUCUUAGGAAUAAUUAUUUGGAUCUUGAAAUAAGAAAUGAGAUGUUGAAGGUUCUUGGAAAAAAGAUUAUUUUAUUUAAUGGUUGGGACAAAACAAGUGAAAAAUUAAUACAGGCACGUGAGCAAUUUUACAACGUUGCGUUAAAAAGUUUAGAUGAG